UUUACGGGGACCAUUGGAUACCGACGACGUCAUGUGACAGCUCCAACACGACUCCUGUACGUGGACACUAUUGACACAAUUGCUCAACUACUCCAACAACUAUUAUGUCCUUCAGCCCUCCCCACCUGGACCUAGAGAGAACCUUAGCAUCUGUUCUAUCGUUGUUUUAUCAAGAGUAUUUUGAUCUCCUCACCUGAGUGUGUGUUGCUACGGACUUUGAUGUGUGAGCCUCCAAGCCGGUGCUGGAGCCAUGGGCAGCAAGAGAGAAUUGCUUGCCACAGUUGAGAAGCAGAAGGAGCAGAUUGUCAAGUAUGAAGGGAAAUUGAAAGAUGUUGUGAGAGCUUACAAAGGGUUGUUGAAAGAAAAGGAAGCCCUUGAAACAAGCUUGUCAGCCUUAGCAGGAACCCACACUGCAAAGUCUAAUGAUGCAGGUAAUGCAGAGAAGCCAAAAAGUUCAGGAAAGGAGACAGAGCCACAACCACAGGAAGGCGAGGAUGCCGGUACUGCUCAGGAUCACCCCAAAGAGAACUUACAGGACAGUGCAGAGCAGGGAAGCUCAUCUGAAGUUACUGAAGAUUUAAGAAAGAAACUUUCAGCAUUAACAGCUGGUCUAAAUACACUCACAUCAGAGAAGAAGCGAAUUGAACAGUCUUUUCAAAAUGACAAAAAGAGACUUCUGGCUGAAAAGGAAAAGCUGGAAAAGAACUUGCAAGAAGCUCUGGAUGCCAAAUUUGCAAGUGAAGUAAACGUAGAAGAAAAGAUCCAGGAUUUACGUAGUAGAUUGAUUAUUGCCCAACAUGAACGUGACCAAGAUGCACAAAAUGCUGCCGUCAUGCUUAGGGAAUUAGAGAGCAAGUUGGCAGUGGAGCGGAAUGCCGGUGAGCGUUUAGAAGCAUCACUAGAUGAAGCAAAACAUCAGCUACAUCGCCCUUCACUGCCAAUCAACCAUCGUCCACAAGAGCUUUAUGAAAAGAAAAUAAGUGAUCUACAGAAUGAAUUAGAGCAGGUUCGUUCUCGCCUGAAGAAAGCUGAACAGCUGUCUGAGGAGCCUCCAUUGUUACGCAAGAUUCAGGGGCAGAUGGAGGAGAUGCGAACACAACAUAAUCAGGCCCUUCAGCAGGAACUCAGCCGUGCUUCUGCAGUGGAAGAGUCUGCAAGGGAUUUAGCUCAGUCACAUGAGGAGCGAGUGGUAGCCUUAGAGGCUAGACUGGCUGACCUUUCUCUUACAGUUGCUUCCUAUGACCGUACACGACAAGAAGAUCUUCAUGCCAUACAUAAACUGAAGGAGAAAGUAUCAGAACUGGCACAGGAGAACAGUUUUCUUGCCUCACGUCUAGAACAAGAUAUAGACAACAGUGAGACAGACGUGAAUGCCCUCUGUCGCCGCCUCACCAAACUUAAGGAGCAGCUGAUCACUGCAAAUCUUCACACUUCUCAUCCUGUUGAUGUUGAAAGUCUUCUCUGUGGGGGUGACAACAUCCAUGUUUGGUGUCAGCAAGAAUAUGAUCAUCUGAAGGAGGAAUUUGAAUACUAUAAGAUUUCUUCCAAGGAGCAGUCAAGAGUUGUUGGUGAAUCAGCCUGCAAAGGAGAGUGUGGGAAACAGCUGGAAGACUUGCGACAAAAAAUACGUAGUCUCACCUCAGCAGCACAACUGGCUUCUGAUUCCCAUUCACAACAGGUGGCAUCCCUUAGACAGGAGCUGUCAGCUUUGAGAGCAUUACAUGAGAAUCAGUUACGCCGUGUAGAGAGUGAGGGCCGUGCAACAUUGGCAGCUGUUGAGCAACAGCUGUCUUUGCAACAACAGCGGUCACUGGCCACACUAAGUGAACGUGAUUUAGAAAUUCAACGCUUAACCGAGCAGCUGCAUGAGCGAGAUAAAACACCACCACAGAGUAAUAUCGGGAGCUUAGAAGCCACAGCAGCACUGUUAUCCCAGGUCAGUGGUGGAAAUGAGGGUCCUCUCUUGCACCACCUGGAGGAAUUAGCACGCAAAGACCAAGAGAUUUCUCACUUUAGAAGAGAAAAGCGACAGUUGGAGACGACUAUGAGGGAGGUACAGAUGGCUGCACUAGUCAGACAACAAGCUCAGCAAGAUACUAUUGAAGCAUUGGAAGAGGAGGCUGAGAGGCAUCGCAGAAAUGUCUCUCGAGAGAGCGAGAACUUUGAGUACUUGAAGAAUGUCGUUCUGCAGUAUAUGAUUAGUUCUGAUGCAGAAUCCCGCCAGCUGAUGUUAAAUGCAAUAUCUGUGAUCCUUAAAUUCACAGAUAAGGAGGUAGAGAGUGUUAAGAGAUACAAUGCCCUUUGGUGGUGGCAGCCAGCACCCAGGAGUGGUGGACCAAGGAAAACUUAACCACUAAUGUUGUGCCUUGAUACAGUAGGUUAUAAUGUACAGGUCUAUUUUAUCAAUGAAUUCCAUUUGUAUUAAGCAGUGCAAUUCUAUCUAGGACUUCCACAUAGAUUGUGACUAAUAAUCAUGGCAGUAAAUUAUAAUUUACUGCCAUGAUAAAAACCACAUUGCCAAAUUCUAAACCUUUUGAAAGUUAGAAGGAAUAUAUAAUUGUCACAACAGUUUAUUUUUGGAUAUGUAUAACAAAAUGUUAUUUUGCUAUUUAUUUUGUAUUAGCUAUGAGAGAUAUUCAGAAAGUUUUAGAUAUUUUUUGCUUUAGCGCUUCUCUCAAAUUUCGUGUAAUAAUUUCCUUAUUAAAAAUUAUGACUCUUUGAUCAUUAGAAAUACUAUAUAAUAUAAAUCUCACCCAAUCUGCAAGACUAUGUCUCUACAGGCUUUGAAGAUUGUAAAUAUUUUAGAUCAUCAAUUUGAUGGAUUGUAAAUUUAUUGAGUUUAUAUUGAAAUUAAGUUAAAUAGUGUAAGGUGAAAAUAGGGUUUAGUUCCAGAGUCCCAAAAUAGUCCCCUAAAAUUCACCCCUCCCCCCAAAAAAUAUCCAAAUACUUGUUGCAUUCUCCGGUUAACUAAAUCUUCUUAAAGAAGAAAAUUGUAGUCUGGAACAUACUGUACAUGUAAUAUAAUAUUAAUGAUAA